CUCCUGCGCUGCCCUGUAGUCUUCUCCUGCUCCUCUCCCAGGGUCAGCUACUUGGUUGAAGUUCGAGGAGUUUUGGAGACGCUCUCGUGCUAUCUGACAUCCCACACAGCCACCAUGGUUCACAGCAGCGGCAUCUGCAGAUUCCUUCUCCUGGUGCUCCUGGGCCUCUUGGUCGCCUUUGUACACACAGAGACAAUCGGAGACGCGACAACCAGAGACAACCAGGACACUAUGUCUGGAGAGCCACCCAGUGACGUCACCACCAAAGACCCUUUCCAGGACAUGACGGAGCAGUCCUUCACCUUCGACUACGAGGACACCACACACUCCCAGGCCCUGGACGAAGAGGAGGGGGUGCUGGGGCCAGGGGCCAUCACAGCUAUUGUUAUAGCAGUCUUCCUGGGAGCGUCUGUCCUCCUCGCCCUCAUCGUCAUCACACUCAGGAAGUUCACUGCCUCCUAG